ACACAUGUGCACUCCAAUUACUCAUAUGUCUUUUCUUUAUCAUGGCGACCGGCAAAGGAAUAGUUUCUAUUUUUCGACCGUGCAGUAUUCGUAUUAUAAGAAAUAAUAAUAUUAAUACAAUCAAAUCAAAUAUUUUACCAAAAUGUCACGAGUGUCAACGGUUAUUCGGAACAACAGCAUUUAGUGUCGAUGCGUGGUCUACGAGUAUCAAUGAAAAAUAUACCAAACGUUUUCUUUUUUUGCGACGAGAUUUCCAUACAACAAAUAGCUUGAAGGCUGUAAAAAAGGAUUAUUACGAAAUAUUAGGUAUAACUAGAAAUGCUUCAGCUAAAGAUAUAAAAAAAGCUUAUUAUCAGCUUGCCAAGAAAUAUCAUCCCGACACUAACAAGAAUGAUCCUAAUGCGAACAAAAAGUUUCAAGAAGUAUCAGAAGCUUACGAAGUUCUCAGUGAUGAAACAAAAAGAAAACAAUACGACACUUGGGGUGCCACUUCCGAACAAAUGGGAAUGGGCGGAGGUUACCCAGGUGGUCAACAACAGUCUCAAGAAGCCAAUUAUAAUUGGAAUUUUCAGUCAACAAUAAAUCCAGAAGAUCUUUUUCGAAAAAUCUUUGGAAAUGCUGGAUUUAGAGCAUCUGAUUUUUCAGAGUAUGACGACUAUGCUGAUUCCAAAUAUGGGUUUGGAACUGCUCAAGAGGUAGUCAUGAAUUUAUCAUUCGCACAAGCUGCUCGAGGUGUUAAUAAAGAAGUUACUCUUAAUGUAGUAGAUGUUUGUCCAAAAUGUAAUGGAUCUCGUUGUGAACUCGGCACAAAAGCUAUCAAAUGUCAACAAUGUAAUGGUACAGGUAUGGAAACAAUAAGUACUGGACCAUUCGUAAUGAGAUCAACUUGUCGAUAUUGUCAUGGAAGCCGAGUUUAUAUUAAAUACCCAUGUCUCGAAUGCGAAGGAAAAGGACAAACGGUUCAAAGAAAGAACGUAAUUGUACCUGUACCAGCUGGUGUAGAAGACGGUCAAACAAUCAGAAUGGCAGUAGGAAAUAAAGAAAUAUUUGUCACAUUCCGCGUAGAAAAAUCACGUUACUUCCGUCGUGAUGGAGCUGAUGUUCACACAGACGCGGAAAUAUCACUCGCACAAGCAGCCCUUGGUGGUACAAUUAGGGUUCAAGGAGUUUACGAAGAUCAUACUAUACAAAUUCGACCUGGUACAUCAUCACACUCUAAAAUACGAUUAACUGGUAAAGGAAUGAGGAAAGUGAAUGGAGUUGGACAUGGAGAUCAUUAUGUUAAUAUCAAAAUUACUGUACCAACAACACUUACUGACAAACAAAAGGCUUUACUUCUAGCUUAUGCGGAGCUAGAAACAUACACACCUGGAACUAUUUAUGGAAUUACAAAUUUGAAAGACGGAGCUAAACAAUGCUAUGAAGGUCCUCUACACCUGUUAGAGUUAAUACGACAAGCUUUGGGUGACUUGUCAAGGUCAUCAUCAUUUUCUUCUGGCGGUAAAAGCGGUGCUUCACAAAGCUCAUCUACAAAACCUGCCGGCGGGUCACCAAAAAGUAAUCCAAAAACAGAAGAAAGUAGAAGUGAUGAUGAAGUUAAAAUGAAGCAAAAAAUGACUUGAAUUGUAGAAUAAAUAGAAGGUAAAAGUUCAUACCUUGACUUAAAUAAUUGACUGGUUUAAGAAAAUGGACUUUCAGCAGUUUUCUUAAAGCCCUAAUUUUUAAUUGUAUCGUCUGAGUAUGUUGGAGUUAAAAAUAUUAAGAGUAUAUUAUGGAAUGUAGUGAAAAGAUGAAGUGGUUAAAAAUGUAUAAUAAAGGCUCUUUAGUUACCUGUUA